AUGAAUUACUUGGAUUUUAAUGAGAUUGAUCAUUCUCCGAAUAUUCCAUCAACAAAUAUACAAACAACGACAACAACAACAACAACACUUGUUAAUCAACAAGCAAAAGAUUUAUCUGAUUGGAGGAAUAUUCAACUCGGUACAACGCCAACAAUUUUUGAUAGAUUUUGGAUGCCAACAACAGUGAAUCCAUGGACAGCACCAAAUACACCUAUUUAUCCAUCUCCAUAUAAUCAACAAACAACGUUGGCUUAUCCGACUUAUCCAUCUACGAACUCAAAUAAUAAUAAUAAUAAUCAAUCAUGGUCAAUGCCAACAUUUCCAACUAAUACAUCAAUUCCUAUGAUUAAUUUUAAUUCUCCACAACAAAAUUUUCUUCAGACAGAUCUAACAAAUGAUGUUAUAGAUUUAACUACAAAUAAUACAGUGAAUUCAUCUACACCUAUUAGAGAUUUUAUUCCGGUUCAACCACAUGCAUAUACUUAUCCUACGCCUCCUAUUCAUCAAUAUCCUAAUGUAAUAUUACCAGCAUCACCAAUACUUCAACCAACUACAAUUACCGCUGUUCCACCACAGCCAGUAACUGAAGCUGAAUUGAUUCUUAUACCUGAAAUUGAUAUUGAAGAAAUUCUCGGACAAAUCGAAGCUGUUAUACCUGAUAUUGAUCUUGAUGCAGCACGUCGUACAAUAACAGCAAUGAAUCCUAUACCUUCAACUAAUGAUUUAGUAACAAAUUUUCUUGAUAAUGGUUAUACAAAGAAAUUAAAAAAAUCAUCCGAUCAUGAUCGACAUAUGUCAUUAAAACGUUCUUGGUCAGAUACAAUUGAUGAUAUACCGAAAUUUUUAUCAUCUUACUCAGAUCCAUUAACGUAUUUUUUUGAUUCAAAACGUAAACAAUCAGAAUCUUAUAUAAAUCAUGCUAAAGCAUUUCUUGUACGUGCUUUUCCAACAACAGAUAAAAGUAUUUUAGAACAAGUUUUACAAGAAGAAAAUUAUCAUUUUUUACCAACUAUAAGAAAAUUAGAAGCACGUUUUACUAUUCGAACAAAUGCAUUCUUACAACGAACAGCAAUCCGAAGAUCAUUGGAUAUGCUUGAUCUUUCUACAAGUGGUAUUAGUCGAAUACCAUCUGCGUCAUGGUUAAUAAAAAAUAACAAAUUUGCAUAUGCAAUCCCACAUACACCAUGUGAAGACUUCUAUAAUGAACUACGUUUUGCUAAAAAUGAACUUAGAAUUCGACGUUAUCUUGGAAAAGUUUCUAAAGAUCAUGAUAAACGUGUAAAAAAAGCUAAAAAAGGCAAUGAAACACUUGAAUGUGAAAUAUGUUGUCGAGAAGAUUUAUUAAUUGAUGAUAUGGUUGAAUGUACAGUAGGGCAUCUAUAUUGUCGAAAUUGUGUACGAACACAUGUUGAUGUUUCUUUUAAAGAAGGCAAAUGUCGAUUUGUUUGUGUAGAACAUUCAUGUCCAGGUGAAUAUACAAACCGACUUGUCAGUGAACUUUUACCGCCAACUGAUAUAAAUCGAUUAAAUAGAAGAAUACAAGAAGAAAAUAUUCGCCAAGCUGAAAUUGAUGGUCUCGAAUGCUGUCCUUAUUGUCCAUAUGCUGUUAUUGUUGAUAAUCCAGAUGAUAAAAUCUUUCGUUGUUUAAAUCCUGAAUGUAUGAAAGAAACUUGCAGACUAUGUAAAGAACCUAAUCAUAUUCCAUUACGAUGUGAUGAAGUUGAGAAAGGUGUUGAACUUGAAAUGCGUAAAUUUAUUGAAGAACAUGUAACAGAAGCUAUGAUACGAAAAUGUCCUCGAUGUACACAAAAAUUUUAUAAAGUUGAAGGAUGUAAUAAAAUGACAUGUUCAUCAUGUGGAUUAUAUAUUUGUUAUGUUUGUCGUGAAACAAUUAAUGGUUAUGAUCAUUUUACAAAUAAUGAAAGAUGUACAUUAUCAAAUCAAAGUGAAAAACUUCAUUAUGAAGAAAUGGUACAAGCAUAUACAAAUGCUAAAAAUGAAUAUCUUCGUCUUCAUCCCGAAGCACAUGAUAUGGUACUUCGUUAUGAUCCAAUAUCACAUCUGUCUAAACCACUAAUUUCGUCUACAAGUACUACUUGA